AUGAGGUCAGUGUCGGCCUUCCUCCCUCGACACUGCUGGCUGCUUCUGGUGACGCUCUUUUUCGAGGCUGCGGGUGACGAGAAACUAUUUGACCCCGACUGGGGGUUUGAAUCAUAUGAAAUCACCAUUCCCAAACAACUGAACUUUAGGAAAGAGGACCAGGGUGUGGACAGUUCUUUGUCAUACCUCUUACGGAUAGGAGGCAGGCAGCAUGUGCUUCACCUGCGGCCCAAGAAGUUACUGUUGCCAAAACAUCUCCCACUUGUCUCCUUCACUAAGGAGGGCAGUCUGAUAGAGGAUUACCCAUACAUACCAGAUGAGUGCAAUUAUGUGGGCUCUGUGGAAGGUUCUCAGGAUGUCGAAUCUACUCUGAGUACAUGCAUGGGGGGUGUGCGAGCCUUCCUGAACAUAGAUUCCAGAUCCUACCAAAUGGAGCCACUCCGGACCUCUAAGAGUUUUGAACACAUCGUGUAUCUCCUAAGAGAAGAUGCCUUUAGCAAUCAGAGUUGUGGUUGGGUUGAUGAAGGAACAGACGAGGAAACAGCCCAGCAAGAGGAGAUGCCUAGGGCAAGUAACUAUUAUGAACCCAGACACCAAAAGUACGUGAAACUGCUCUUGGUCUUUGAUAGGAUGAGAUUUUUCGAGGUAGGCGACAACGAGAGUAGGGUAUACGAUGACGCCAUUUUUAUAGCUUCAAUUAUGGACACCUACUAUCAGGAUGUCAGGUUGAAGGUUCAUCUAAAGGCAGUUGAAAUCUGGACACACAAUAACAUGAUAAAAACUGCCGUCAAGUGGUUAGCUGAGGCUUUAACCUUUUUUUUAAUAUACAAAAGAGAUUUCUUGCAUUUCCGAUAUCUAUCAGACUGGGCACAUUUAUAUGUUGCAAGAGGGUAUGUAGAUGCUAAGGCCUGGUCCUGGGGAAGAGUAUGUGAAGAAUACCAUGCUGGAUCAAUAAGCACCUUAUUCGGUAUAAACGUCAUCCAGCCUGCUACCUGGACUGCUCAUGAACUGGGGCAUGGCGUGGGAAUGCGACAUGACGAGGAGUACUGUCAAUGCAGAGGCAGGACGGACUGCAUCAUGGGCACAGGACGGUCAGGGUUUAGUAACUGUAGUUACGUACACUUCUUUUUACACGCAGCUUAUAAAAUAGCCUACUGUCUAUCUUACAUGCCAGACGUACUUUUUAAGCUAGAAAGGUGUGGAAACCAAAUUGUGGAAGACGGUGAGGAGUGUGACUGUGGCUCCGAGAAAGAAUGUGAAAAAGACCUGUGCUGUCGGCCAGACUGCACACUGGUAGAAGGUGUCAACUGUUCCACUGGGCUUUGCUGUCAUAAAUGUGACUUUCGUCCAUCAGGAUAUGUAUGUAGGCAGGAAGAAAAUGAAUGUGACCUCGCAGAGUACUGCGAUGGGAUGUCAGCGCUUUGUCCGGAUGACUAUUACAAGCAGGAUGGAACUCCCUGCAAAUACGAAGGUGUGUGUUUCAAAAAGGGCUGCCGGUCCAGGUACAUGCAGUGCCAGAACAUCUUCGGACCCACCUCCAGGGAGGCUCCUCAGCAGUGUUACGACGCAGUUAACAUGAUAGGCGAUCAGUAUGGUAACUGUGGGCUUAUAAAUGCUUCUAAAUUUAUGAUGUGUACCAGGGGCACCACAAUAUGUGGCAGGCUCCAGUGCAUAAAUGUGAAGGUCCUCCCUGAACUUCCAGAUCACACUCUCAUCGUAGCCACCUACCUGAAGAGAGACAAUCUCAUGUGCUGGGGCACAGGCUACCAUGGAAGCAUGGUAGGUCAUGCGAUACCUGACAUAGGGAUGGUCGCUGAUGGAACUUCCUGUGGCCUUAAACAGGUGUGUUUUAACGGUACUUGCACUGACAGUUCUUCCAUCCUGAAGUACGACUGUUUGCUUGGGAAGUGCAAUAACCGAGGUGUCUGCAACAAUCUAAAGGCCUGCCAUUGCAUGUAUGGCUGGACUCCCCCGUUCUGCGAAGAGGUGGGAUUCGGUGGGAGCAUACACAGCGGGCCUCCUGGACCAAAGAUCUCAGAGGAAGUGCCUCCGUCAUUUCAAGUUGUGUAUGUCAUGCUGCUGCGUGUCUUCUUAUUCAUCAUCUCGGUGAUCAUUGUGUGUUUUAGGCAGCUGAUAAAAAAAUGA